AUGGAGAAAGCCUUCACAUUUUUUCUCUCAACACUCUUCUUGCUUAUGGCUAGUUCAGUCAUGUCCCAAACCAACAUUACGACUGAUCAAUUAGCUCUUCUAUCCUUAAAAUCCCAAAUUAUUUCGGACCCCUUUCAUUUAUUGGAUGAAAGUUGGUCUCCCGUUAGGUCUGUUUGCCAGUGGGUUGGAGUCACUUGUGAUUUUCGUCACCAACGAGUGAAGUCUUUGAAUCUUUCCAGCAUGGAUCUUUCAGGCAGGAUUCCCCCUGAUCUUGGAAAUCUCUCAUUUCUUGUUUCUCUCGACUUGGAAAGCAACAAUUUCCAUGGAAAUUUGCCUCAAGAAAUGACACGCUUGCGUCGGCUUAAGUUUCUUGAUUUAAGUUUCAACAACUUCAGCGGGAAGGUUCCUCCUUGGUUUGGAUUUUUACACCAAAUUCAAGUUCUAAGUCUUAGGAAUAAUAGUUUCACCGGCUCCCUUCCCUCUUCAAUUUUUAAUAUUUCAAAGCUUGAAAUGUUGAAUUUGGCAUUCAAUUCCUUAGAAGGUCAUAUCCCUGUGUCUCUCUCGAAUGCCUCAAGGUUGCAGACGUUAGAAUUAUCUUAUAAUUCACUUCAAGGAGACAUUCCAGAUGGGAUCGGCAAUCUUACUAACAUGAACUG